UUAUUAAUAAUAAGAAUAAUGACACUUGAGAGCAUAGAGUCAAAGAACUACCCGCCAAUUGAAAGUCAUGGUAUCAUUGGCAACAUGUUGACAACGGCUUUGGUGUCAAUACAGGGCGAGAUCAACUUUAUGUGCUAUCCACACUUUGACUCACCGGCAAUCUUCUGCAAACUACUCGAUGCCAAUAAGGGUGGCUUCUGGAACAUCAAACCAAUCUGCAAGGAGUUCAAGACCAAACAAAGUUACUGGCCCGACACCAACGUGCUCCAGACUCGCUUCCUCAUGAAGUCUGCCGUCUGUACCAUCGUAGACUACAUGCCCGUCAUCCAAGGCAAGGGUAUGAGAUGGUUGGUAAGGAAGGUAAAGGUGAUCAGAGGAGACGUGGACUUUGAGAUGAAGUGUUGGCCUACGUUUGACUUUGGAAGGAAGACUCACACGGUGAAGAAGACCACGCAUGGCUACUUGUUGGCGUCCGAAGGUAUAGAGCUCGAGUUGUUGUCCUACUUCCCGCUGUUCCCCAAGGAGAAUGGCGAGAUCGACUGCAAGUUCAGUCUGAAGGAGAAUGAGAGCGCGACAUUCGUCCUCAAGGACCCCGAGCAGGACGUCGACCUGUUCAUGUUCAAGGACCACAAUGGCAGUUGUCGUCGAGAGGAGUACCUCUUCAUGAGCACCAUCGACUACUGGCAGAAGUGGCUGGAGCGAUGCACCUACAAGGGUCGCUGGAGAGAGAUUGUUGAGCGCAGUGCGCUGGUCCUCAAGCUGUUGACCUUCUCGCCGACCGGUGCCAUCGUGGCAGCUCCAACAUGCUCUUUGCCUGAGGACCUUGGAGGUGAGCGCAACUGGGACUACCGCUUCACAUGGAUCCGUGACGCAGCCUUCACCGUGUACGGACUAAUGCGUAUUGGCUUCACAGACGAGGCCAAGCACUUUAUGGACUGGAUCGAGGCGCGUUGCUCCCAGAUCGACUAUGAGAAGUGCGCCAAAGAGGGAACCAUGCCACUCAAGAUCAUGUACAGCAUCAAUGGCAGUGAGAAGAUCCCCGAGGUUUCGCUCCCACAUCUUGAGGGCUACCGCAAGUCGGCCCCAGUGCGCAUAGGUAACGAUGCUGUGAACCAGAAGCAACUGGACAUCUUUGGUGAGAUGAUGGAUUCGGUCUACCUCUCCAACAAGUAUGGCUCACUCGUGUCUUACGACUUCUGGACUCAUCUCCAUCGCAUCAUCGAGUGGGUGUGCGACCAUUGGAACGAGACCGACGAGGGCAUCUGGGAGGUGCGCAGUGGACGACAGCACUUUGUAUACUCCAAGAUCAUGUGCUGGGUGGCCAUCGACCGUGGUCUACGUCUGGCUGACCGUCGCUCGUUCCCCGCGCCCCGCGAGAGGAUUGGCGCGUUCACCCAGUCAUACGGCUCAGAGAGUCUGGAUGCCUCGACGCUCAUCAUGUCGCUCGUGUUCUUCAUGGCGCCCAACGACCCGCGCCACAUCCAGACCUUGGAGAACAUCCUUUCGUCCACCUGA